AUGGGGGGCAAGUCUGCUACCAAGGCCGCUUACUUCGAGAAGCUCAAGAGCCUUCUCGAUGAGUACUCCACCGUCUUUAUUGUCGGUGUCGACAAUGUCAGCUCUCAGCAGAUGCACGAGAUUCGUCUGAGUCUCCGUGGCGAGGCUGUUGUUCUGAUGGGAAAGAACACCAUGGUUCGCCGUGCCAUCAAGGGCUUCAUCACUGACAACCCCGAGUAUGAGCGUCUGCUUCCAUUCGUCAAGGAUGUCUGGGUUCCUGCUGGUAACACCGGUAUGGAACCCGGUAAGACCUCUUUCUUCCAGGCUCUCGGUGUUCCCACCAAGAUUGCUCGUGGUACCAUUGAAAUUACCACCGACCUGAAGCUCGUUGAGACUGGCGCCAAGGUCGGCCCCUCCGAGGCCACCUUGCUGAACAUGCUCAACAUCUCUCCCUUCACCUAUGGUAUGACCAUCCAGCAGGUUUACCAGGAGGGUCAGACUUUCAGCGCUACUGUUCUGGACAUCACCGAGGAGCAGCUCCUCCAGUCCUUCAGCUCUGCCAUCAACACCAUCACUGCCAUCUCCCUGGCUACCAGCUACCCUACUCUGCCCUCCGUUAUGCACUCUCUUGUCAACGGCUACAAGAAGGUUCUGGCUGUUGCGGUUGAGACUGAGUACAGCUGGCCCGAGAUCGAGCAGCUCAAGGACCGUAUCGCCAACCCUGAAGCUUAUGCUGCCGCUGCUCCUGCCGCCGCCGCCGCCGCUCCUGCUGGUGACGCUGCCCCCGCCGCUAAGGAGGAGUCUGAGGAGGAGUCCGAUGCCGACAUGGGCUUCGGCCUUUUCGACUAA